AUGUCAGGCACACCGCGUAUCUAUCCAGCCUCUUGGAGUGACGAACUCAGGAAGGAAGUAGCUCUCCUUCAUGCCUCCCGGAGCUUGGAGCAAGCGUAUUCCAAUCUAAAGAAUCCAGCUCGUACACGAAAGGCUAUUGAGGAGAUGAUGUACUUUCCUCUACCUGCUGGAGUUGACGUAGAGUCUGUCUCCAUCCCUAGAGUUGCUACACCUGGUCUAGAUUCCAACCCUCAAGGCAAAAUUGCCGCAGAGUGGCUGGCACCAGCAGGCAAACUUCAUGAUGCCUCGCUUCCAGUGGUACUAUACCUUCAUGGAGGUGCCUACGUGUGGAUGAGCCCUAAGACUCACAGAAUCAUCACUGCCAAGCUGGCUCUAAAAAACAUUAGAGUCCUGUCAGUAGACUAUAGAAUGGGGCCUGAAGAGCCUUUCCCUGCUGCAGUUGUCGAUGCUUUUUCAGCCUACAAAUUCUUGCUGGCUGAAAAGAUUGACUUGAACAGAGUUGUCAUCAGCGGUGCUGGACUAACAGUUGCUCUGAUGCUCUAUCUACGAGAUCGUAACGAGACAUAUCCUGCUGGUUGGGCUCCUUUAACUCCAUGGAUUGACCUCAGAUGCGAUGCACCUAGCGAACAUAUCGGACAAGAAUUCAGAUGCGACGUUGUUGAACGAGACCUUUUGCUACCAAAUGUACACGCUUACACCGGCGGUGACAAUGGCCUCAACGCAACAAACCAUCUGGUAUCUCCUAUCUUGGAUUUGGGGUCUAAAGGACGUCAGUUUCCACCGAUUUGGCUCUCGACUGGAACCACAGAUUCAUUCUUGGCUGAAACUAUCUACUUGGCAUUGACUCGUUUGCAGUCAAGUGAAUCGGUUCACUUGUUGAUUUACGAGGACCUGUUCCAUGCUUUUCAACUCCGUCCUGGAGCAUCGGCUGCAGCUGACAAUGCUAUUGAAAGGCAAUGUGACUUUAUAAAGACGGUAACAUCAGGAGGAACUUUAAAAAUCAAGAACCAGUUGACUUCCUUAAAGGCAAAUACAUUUGAAGAGGUAACUCUGUCCGCUGCUGAUGUGAAGAAUACUCUGAAAAAACUGAUUGACCGUGCAGACGCCAUCAGUAAACGUGAUUAUGAACCGUAUCGUCAAAUGGCGAAUACUUCAGAUGCCACGGAUAAUGCUCGUUUGUAG